ACUGUCAGAUGGAAAAAACAAUGUGAGUUUAAUCUGUUCUACGAUUCUUAUUGUAAAAAAUAUGGCUAGGUCCAAAAGUUGAUAUAACAUUUAUUCGUAUAUAUAAUAAUAACAAAGUGUUUGUUUGAGUUUAUUGACGUUCUCAUUGGAAGAAUGACCCACAUAGAGAAACGCCAGCCUCAGCCAGGAAAGGAGGCGAUACAUUCUGGGCACUUCAUGGUGUCGCAUUUUGAAGCUGAGGCUCAAGAUGAAUUUGACGACUUAGCUGUUCCUGUUCCGGAGGAAGAACAAAACGUUCAAAAGGUUUCGGGAAUCACCACGUACACGGUGGCUCGGUCGAAGGAACUAUUUCUGCCCUCGGAUAAACAAGAAAAUAAACAUCAUCAACAAGUCUCUAUUGAAAUAUCUCUUACAAAAUUAUUUAAAUGUAUGACAUUAGCUUACAGACAAAAACUAACAUCACCAAAAUGGAAUCGUUUCAAAGGUAUAAAACUUCGGUGGAAGGACAAGAUCAGACUGAACAACGUUAUAUGGAGAUGCUGGCAUAUGCAAUUCAUAAAGAAACAGAACACUUUAGUUUGCCAGUUCGCUUCCCCGUUGGAUGUUGACACACACGUGAAACCAGAGACAACAAUUUUAGAAGGCAAAUAUUGGAAGAGAAGAGCCGAAGCAGUAAUAGCAGAGUAUAAAAAAUGGCGGAUGUUUCAUAUAAUGCGCCUCUUUGGCAAGGGGGACUCUGCUGUGCAAGAUUCGAUCUCGGAAAUGGACACAGUGGAGUCAUUCUCACAAUGCAGCGACUUCGCAGGCAAUAUGCUUACAGACGAGGACUACCUCAACUUCAUGAGUGACACAUUGUUUUCCACCAUCACUAGCAAUCAGCCGUUCGCAUUUCCGGAUUGUAGGGAAAUUGCUAGAGGAACGAAUUUGGCGGACUUUAUUCAACCAAGUUUAGGGCCUUUGCAACCUAAUCUUGAUGAUUUUAUGGAAUUGGAACCUUUACAAGUUCUUACAGAACUAUUAUCGCCUCGUUUACCGCCUGUACCCGAAGAAAGCACUCUCGCUCCUGAAGACAACCUGUACAGGAGUGGUAUGUCAGUGGAUUCCUAUAGCUCGCAGGGGUACAUAACAGCAAGUCAGACACCGAGCUCAGUCACAAUGCCUACCAGUCAAAUGUCUAUUCAUGGCACCAAUAACAAUACUCAAAUGAUAACAAUGUCUGAUCAGACCAUCAAAAACGAACAAAUGCGAAUGUAUGAUAAUGGAAGGCAGUAUAUACAAACAACCUUACCGCAGAAUAUGAUGAAUACUCAAGAGAUGCUUUCUCCGUUUCCUCCGACAUCGUUUGAACAGCAUGGCGCUGCGCAGCCUGGUUCCCAAAUUAAUAAUCUUUACAUGAGUAAAACACGACUACAGUAUGCAAAUGCACCUAAAAUUGUAUCUCAAUCAGAGGCAUGCUAUUCUAAAUAUAACAACUCAGUCAUACCGCCAUCGCAAACGGCCCCAGAAACAGUUUCGUUACUUCAGCAACCGCCGUCGAGUCCUAAGUACACGUCGACGAUAGUAUUACCGGGGCGGAGCGGGUAUACCCGUGAGAAGCCGAGGCCGCGGCUGUCUCACUAUGCGAAUCAGCUUCCGAAUAACCAGUACCAAGGUUAUGGUCAACAACACGGGCCGACCGGCGCACAGGUGGCCCCUCAGGUUUACGACUCUCGUUCAGGGGCGGUACGGCAAAGUACAACGCAAAUGCAAUAUCUGCAACCGGCUCCCGUAGAGCCGUACAAACCUAAAACUGUAUCGGCCGGUGUUGGCGCCCGCUCUUUCAAAAUUCCUUCAUCGACUCUCGCACCGCCGACUUCACAGCAGGUGUGUAGCGUGAGCGCGUUGAGUCCAGGCGCGCGCGGCGGCAAGCAGGAGCAGUUCCGGUCGCAGAGCCUGCCGCUGGGCGCGCAGCUCAACGCCGACUGGUCGGUGAGCACGCCGGCGCCAGCAGCGCCGCCCGCGCCGCCAGCGCCGCCCGACCCCGCCGCACUCAACGCCUCUGCCUCCGCCCUCACAGCACCCACUGUCCUUACGGCCGCAACCGCCAGGCACACCGCUAGAGCACGCGAGACGAAUCCGAGUACACUGCGGAUGCGGUCUCGUUCAACUUCGAGUGGUUUAUUACUGGAGAGCGGAGCCAGCAACUCGUCGAGCGGCCCGCCUCGCCGGCCACCGCCGCUCAACAGCGUUGCUUCUGAACCUAGUCUGCCACAAGAAAGUGUUAUGCUUGCUCAACUCCUGUCUUCCCAACAUUCUCAAAGCUUAUACAAAGUUAAUAGUAAUAGUGAAGAGGGCUUGGCUGGAGGCGAUCCGACCAGGUCACCAGUGCGAAGACUUCAACCCUCACCAAUUGGCAGCGACAUUAUGUCACCACAUCACUCGCUGUCGCCGCCGACGUCGCCGCAGUCGCCGCGCGCGGGCAGCCCGCGCGAACCCCGCCGCACGCACCUGCACGCCGAGCAGAAGCGCCGCUACAACAUCAAGAACGGCUUCGACACGCUGCAGGCACUCAUACCGCACCUCAACGCCAACCCAGCUGCCAAGAUUAGUAAAGCGGCCAUGUUACAAAAGGGCGCAGAAUAUAUUAAGCAGCUGAAGGCAGAAAGGAAUCAAAUUAAAGAAGAAAUGGAUAAUUUGAGGCAGCAAAUCGAAUGCUUGAACAAUUCUAUUUCUAACUGCCACUCGCUGCUGCCGGCGACGGGCGCGCCCGUGUCUCGAGCUCGAGCGGGCCGCUUGCGUGAGAUGUUCGCACGGCACGUCGCCAACCGCACCAUGCACAACUGGAAGUAUUGGCUCUUCAGCGUGGUGGCGGCGGCACUGGUGGAGUCGUUCAGCGCUUGCGUUUCGUGCGGCAGCGGCGCCGACCUCGUGCGCACCACGCUGCUGUGGGCCGAGCAGCACUGCUCACUCGUCGAGAUGCGUCCGGCCGUGCUGAACUCUCUGAGGGUUCUAUGCACAAAGACGGACAUUCUAACGAACCCUGAGAGGCUGCCAGAAGAAGCGCGGCAGGCGGUCGCCUCUAGCGCCGGCGUCAAGACCGAGCCCACCUAACGUGUCAUCACACAGCCACCGAACGUGUAUCCGUGUCUUUACCGGUAACCACAAAACCUUAGAUUUUUUCGUUUCUUUUUCUUUCAAAUGAUUUUUUUAAUCUGAUGUACAAUACAAUAGUUGAUAUAGGUUUAUUGGAGAUUUUGUAUUAUGUAAGUAAUUGAGAACUAAAAACAAAAUGGCACUUGAAUACUCUAGUCGAGCUACAAUGGCAUAUGAAUUAUUCAGUUUGUGCAUCAUCAUUUCAGCUAUUAUUCGUCCACUGCUGGACAUAAGCCUCUCCCAUAUACUGCCUUUAUGACAUGUUCAUUUAACACUAUUUGCUGCAGCUAUUAUUCUUAUAAAAUUUACACUUGCUUUCUUCUCUUGCUCUUUACUUCACUGGUUAAUUUAUCAACGUAAUUUUCUGUUUCUAAUAUGCGAUGAGUUACAAAGUUAUCUAGUGUAUUAUGAUAUGUUGAAACAAUGAUUUUGUAAAUACCAAGCUCAUUGUGUCAAUUAACUGUACUGUAUCAACAAUCUUUUGAUAUGUAAGGACUGAUACGGUAUCGUUGUAUGGGAUGGACUGUACAAAAAUUUGAUGUUCUAUUGUAAACGCAACUCCAUAUAUUGCCGGUAAAGACACGUAGACAUAAGAGUAUAGUAUUAAGUUCUCGGAUAUAGAUCAUAUUUUUAGUUUAUAUAAGAUUUUAUCAGAAUUGACGAAAAUCAAGCGAAGUUUAAAAGUGAGGGCCGUUCACUAUGGACUGGAAUUUGGACUACGAUUCGAUUUUACCGUUCACUUUUAUAAAAUACCUAUUGUUUAACGUCAGUUCUGAUUAUAUUGAUCAGUUAUGACUUAUGAUUCAUACAACAAAAUACCUCAAAACGUUAUUCAGGUGAAUUUUAUACCAUUUUGGUAAAUAUUUUAUGUACAAAUCUAGACACUGUUAGUCAGUACUUAACAAUAUUUACGCCGAAUGAGCGGCAGAAUGAGCUGGAAAACAUUAAUUUGUUUAAGAUUCUGUUACCUGCUUUAUUAUGCGAAAAUGUCAUUACACUUGGAGCGAUAUUUUUCGUAUAGUAAUAAAACAUCACAAAUUUUUAAUAAAACAAUUUAACUGAUAAGAUUUAUACAGUCAGUUUUGUAAAUAAGAAUACAUUAUUUUUUAAGGAAAAUAAAGUAUGUAUGUCGUGCCCUAAUUAAGCAAGUGGUUUAAACAGUGUACUCUAUUUGUUCUAUGUAUUUUUUUGAAUGGAAGAGCGGAUACUCGUUAUAAUGGGUAAUAAUGGAAUGGUAACCCUGCCUGCGCUCUCGAUAUACAUUGACGGGGCCUCAGUGAGAAAUGAUAGAUGAGGAUGGAAGUAGGUCUGUUAGCCCAUCGUGACGAAUUCCACUAGAAUUAACUACGAUGGUUCCUCGAGGGAAUCGCGUGAAGGUUGACCUAAAGGAGUACAUUACUAGCAACGGGACUGUUAGAUCUCCAUUACUAAUAAUCCUUUUUCCUUCCACGAGCGAAUACUGAAUGUUUUAAAUGUAAGACACAUUUAUCACUACGUUUCGUUUUAAAAUUAUUUUUAAAUGCUUUAUUGUGAUUGGGCUUACGACGCAUGGAAAAUGUCAUUUGAACUAUUAUGGAGACAGAAUAUAGUGUCAAAAUUCAGUUUUUAUAGAAUUUCUGGUUAUCUGUUGUCGUAAACGCACAAUUAAUACUUAGUUACGAAUUAAUUUUUCCUAAUUCUCAGAAGUAAAUUCAUUCCUUGUUUCUUUUACUAAUUUCUUUUAAAUAUAUAGAAUCACGCAUAUAUUUAUCUCUUUUAAUAUUAAAUACCGAUAAAAAUAUGAAACUAAUUAAUGUAUAAAAUCUGUUGCCUAAAGUAAAAUGUCUCAUAGUGUAUAUGAUAACGCUAAUAAAUAUAAAUGCCUGUAUUAUACUUGUUUGAAUAAAAUGUGGCCUAAUCUAGUGCCUUUGUACACUAUGUUAAUAAUACAAUAAUAUUCUCAUGUUAAAAUAUAAGAGACAAAUGUAGAUGUCUACUCAUGAAAUUACCAAAGAAUGUAACAUGGUCAUCCUACCAGAUGUUUCACUUUAUAUAACACUCUAUGUGAUAUUAUGCGUGAAGCAUUGGGAAUUCUGCCUGCCCGUCCUAUCCAAUUAGAUGUGUGAUAAGUAAUGAAAAGAAUUUAUAGAACAUGUCGAGAUUUAAUUUAGCAUUACUCUAAGUAUAUUUACGUAAGUUGUAUAAGUAAAUAUUUUUAUAUGAUUUGUGUGGUGACACAAAUGUUUUUAUAUAACUAUAUAUAAAUCGGUGCCAACGUAAAUAUUGUUGUAAUUUGUUAUGUAGUGAUAUAAUUUUAUGAUGCACCGUUGACUCUGGUAGCACGUUGUGUUUGUUGGUAAGCGCGCGGACGUCGCUGCGCUCAAUGUGAGCUUUAAACGAAUUAUGUGCAAUUGUUAAUCUGUUGGUAAAUAUAAUUUAAAAACAUG